GGGCGGGGCAUCAUGGCUGCCCCCAGUGCGCCGCGUCCGGGGUCUGGCGGGUGUUACGCUGAUUGACAGCUCCGUCCCCGCGGGCCGGCCCUCUGCGCACCCCGGGAAGCUCUACGAGGCGGCGGCCGGAGAGGGAGCCAUGGGGACAGUGCACGCCCGGAGUUUGGAGCCUCUUCCACCUAACGGACCUGAUUUUGGCGCAUUAGGAGAAGAAGCUGAGUUUGUUGAAGUUGAACCUGAAGCCAAACAGGAGAUUCUUGAAAACAAAGAUGUGGUUGUGCAACACGUUCAUUUUGAUGGACUUGGAAGAACGAAAGAUGAUAUCAUCAUAUGUGAAAUUGGAGACGUUUUUAAGGCGAAAAACCUGAUUGAGGUGAUGCGGAAAUCUCACGAAGCCCGUGAAAAGCUGCUUCGACUGGGAAUAUUCAGACAAGUGGAUGUUUUGAUCGAUACGUGUCAAGGUGAUGGUGCCCUUCCAAACGGCUUAGACGUUACCUUCGAAGUAACCGAACUGAGGAGACUGACGGGCAGCUAUAACACCAUGGUUGGGAACAACGAGGGCAGCAUGGUGCUUGGCCUCAAACUCCCUAAUCUUCUAGGCCGUGCAGAAAAGGUGACUUUUCAGUUUUCGUAUGGAACCAAAGAGACUUCGUAUGGCCUGUCCUUCUUCAAACCACGGCCCGGAAACUUCGAGAGAAAUUUCUCUGUAAACUUAUAUAAAGUUACUGGCCAGUUCCCCUGGAGCUCGCUUCGGGAGACAGACAGAGGAGUGUCUGCUGAGUACAGCUUUCCCAUAUGGAAGACCAGCCACACCGUGAAGUGGGAGGGCGUGUGGCGGGAGCUGGGCUGCCUCUCCAGGACGGCGUCCUUCGCUGUCCGGAAGGAAAGCGGGCACUCGCUGAAGUCCUCUCUUUCGCACGCGAUGGUCAUCGACUCGCGGAACUCCUCCAUCUUGCCCAGGAGAGGGGCUCUGCUGAAAGUUAACCAGGAGCUGGCCGGCUACACCGGAGGGGACGUGAGUUUCAUAAAGGAAGAUUUCGAGCUUCAGUUGAAUAAACAACUUCUAUUCGAUUCGGUUUUCUCAGCGUCUCUCUGGGGCGGGAUGUUGGUGCCCAUCGGCGAGAAACCGUCCAGUAUUGCAGACAGGUUUUACCUCGGAGGACCGACCAGUGUGCGCGGGUUUAGCAUGCACAGCGUGGGGCCACAGAGCGAAGGCGACUACCUGGGCGGAGAGGCGUACUGGGCCAGCGGCCUGCACGUGUACACGCCCCUGCCCUUCCGGCCGGGCCAGGGCGGCUUCGGGGAGCUGUUCAGAACGCACUUCUUCCUCAACGCCGGCAACCUGUGCAACCUCAACUACGGGGAGGGCCCCAAGGCUCACAUCCGGAAGCUGGCCGAGUGCAUCCGCUGGUCUUACGGUGCCGGGAUCGUCCUCAGGCUUGGCAACAUCGCCCGGCUGGAGCUGAAUUACUGUGUCCCCAUGGGCGUGCAGAAGGGGGACAGGGUAUGUGACGGUGUCCAGUUUGGAGCCGGGAUCAGGUUCCUGUAGCUGCCGCGCACGCUCGGGGCCACGGACCUUCUCGCCGAGGAACUGUGUCCGCGCCAUUCUUUGUAGCCCUCGUGGGAAACCACACCAAUAAAUUUUAAAGACAAACACUCAGA